AGCCUAAUCUGAUAGAGUUUAGAUAGAGUUUAUAUUACGGUUGCAAUAUAAGGCGGACAGUGAGAUGAGGACAUGGAUUAAAAUCCUAGAACUCUCUCGUAUCUGGCACUAAACUCUACUGAAAUUUAAUUUACUUUGAAUGUUUUGAAUAUCUUUUCAUCCAAGUAUUUGACAUAGAGGAAGAAACUAAAGCCACAAUGCAAUGCGACCUAAACUGUUUCCCCUUGGGCUCUCUUUGGAAAACAAUGCACGAAAAUAAUACAGCACCCAUGCAAUCCCUGCUACGGUUUCCAACAAACCAACGAAAUGAAGAAUUGCUUGCUCAAAUACCAUUCCUCCCGGCGCAAUACAUGAGCACUUCGUCUGGUACUGGUCACCAGCACUACUUCCUCAUUCGCACUUCUUCAUCUGCUACCAGUCACCAUAGAGUCAUUUAUCAACACUUUCCCACACGCAAUUCUUCAUCUGGUGUUUUGGCAAAAAUCUGGUAUUAGUCACUCUAGAGCUAGCAGCUAUAUUAUAUAUCCACCAAUACUUCCCCGUAUAAAGCUCUUCUAUGCAUGAUCCUUCUUCCUGCAAGAGAGGCGAGGACGACGAGGGAGAGAGUAAAUGGAGAUAUCUUUCUGGUUAUCUCUGGUGUCACUGCUUUUUUCCGGCGGUUGUAGCCCUCGCAGCCUGGGGUUGGAAGGGAACUGAGAAGAGAUACAAUGGACUCAAUAUACCACCAGGAAGCAUGGGGUGGCCUCUCCUUGGAGAGACCAUUGCCUUCAGGAAGAGCCACCUAUGCACUCGUUUAGGAGAAUACAUGGAGAAACGCAUCAACAAGUAUGGAAAGAUCUUCAGGUCAAACCUGCUUGGGACACCUACAAUAGUAUCAGCUGAUGCAGAGCUGAACAGGUUCAUACUGUGUAAUGAUGGGAGGCUAUUUGAGCCAAGCUGGCCGACCGCCUUGGUCAACAUCCUUGGAAAGAAGUCGAUGCUCACCGCCUCCGGGGAUACACACCAUUACCUGAAAUCCCUCGCCAUCAACUUCAUGAGCAUCCCCAGGCUCCGCUCGCAUUUCCUGGGGGAUGCUGAGCAGUCCAUCCUCCAAACUUUCAGCACUUGGAUGGAGCACACUCCUUUCCCUCUCAAAGCAGCAGCAAUAAAGGUGACAAGCAUGUGCAAGUCCCUGUUUUCUUGAUAGUAUUUUCUUUUCAGACCUCUGUUGAGACAUUUUUGGCUUGUUUGCAGAUCUCAUUUAACCUGAUAGUGAAGCAUAUCUUAAGCAUGAAACCUGGAGAGCCAGAAACAGAGCAGCUUCGCAAAUUAUUUAUGUGCUUCAUGA